AUGUUAUCUCGUGCUUCUGUUCGUGCAUUCAGCUCUUCCUCAGUGGCUGCCAUCAAGGUUUCCACCAGAGACGCACCAAGCUCUACCUUGUCUACCUUAUCAGUUGUUGUGAACAACGCAGGUUCCAAGAGCGGUAAGUCAGGUGUUGCACACUUGUUAUCCAAGUUCAACUUUUUAAACACUGAAACUAAGUCAGCUUUGAGGUUCACCAGAGAGUCUGAAUUACUCGGUGGUGUUUUCUCCACAAACGUCACCAGAGAUGCCAUUGUGUUGAACACUCAGUUCCUCAAGGAAGAUUUGCCAUACUACGUUGAAGCCUUAGGUAACGUCUUGGCCAAGCCAUCAUUCAGACCUUAUGAAUUCCCAGAAACAGUCUUGCCAGUCGCCAAGGCUGAGUACGACGUCGCCAGUAGUGAUACUACCUUCACAGCCUUGGAAUCCUUACACGCACUCUCCUUCAGAAAGGGCUACGGUCAACCAUUGUACUACGACGGAGCCAGACCAGUUUCUCUUGAAGAAAUUAAGCAAUUCGCUGACGAUGUCUACACCAGCUCCAACGUCUCUGUCUUCGGUUCAGGCGUCAACGAAGCAGACCUACAAUCAUUCAUCAGCCAAUCCGCAUUCUCAUCCUUAAAGGAAGGUUCAUCAUCCUCUUCUUCUGCACCAGCUUCCUUCGUCGGCAAGGAAUCCAGAGUUAGAUCAUCCGGUAAGUCUGUUGCUAUCAUUGGUGUCCCAGUCAAGGCCUCCGAAUUCUCCACAUAUGAAUUAUUAUCCACCUCAAUUGGCUCAAGUGCUCUCGCAUCUUCUGCUUCUCCAUUGGCCCUGUUACCUGGUGCUGCCACUUCCAAGUUAUUGAAGUACCAAGAUGCUGGUUUGUUUUACGUUGCCGUUUCUGAUGCUGAUCCAUCUGUUGUUGCCUCAUCUAUCAAGGCUGCCAAGAAGAUCUUGACCUCAGUUACUGCCAGUGACUUGACCAAGUCUGUUAAAUCCACCAAAUUGUCAUUAGCUUUACAAUCCACCUUCGAAUCUCCAUUGGACAUCAAGGUCGAAGCUUCACCAAAGGCUGAUUUCAGCUUCAAGGCUGCCUCCUUUAACUAUGUUGCCGUUGGUGAUAUUGACGUUUUACCAUACGCCGAUGAAUUGUAG